AUGCCCCAACCGCGGCGCAGGCUGGUGAUAUUCAAGAGCGGCGGCUACAUCAUGAGUGACUUGGAGGAUCUGCUCGCGUCCUCAGGCCUGAGCCAUGUCAUGCGCGUGACCAACCUCAUCCGCAAGGCGCACUGCGUCCUGGCAAAGGAGCGCUGGGAGAACGGGCGGCGCGUGCGGCUGGAGCAGCACAUGCAGGGCGCGGCGCGGCGGGGGCUGCCGUUUUUGCUGCUCAAGGGGCACCGCAUGGAGCUGCCCGCGCUGCUGGCGCUGGGGCGGGCGGGGGCGGGCGCGGGGGGCGCGGUGGGCGCCGGCGCGCGCGGCAGGGGGGCGUGGGCUGACGACUUCUCUGAUGGGGAGGCGUCGGCAAGUUACGAUGAGGAAUGA